AUGCGUAAAAUCUGCGGGUAUACCGGAUUGGAAGUUUACAGGUGGUUAAGGGGAAGUCUUAUUGAGGCCAACGGAGGUAUGGGUGGAUUAGGGAUGGAGGGACGCUUUUGGCACUUUGCUCUACGAAUGUACAAGAGCGGUAUCAUGGCGGCAGAGGAACUCUCGAACGAGGGGGAUGCUUUUAGCAAGUUUCACUCUUCUGCGAAGCAUUCGGCAGACAUCACGGCAGCGGAUGAGCUCUGGCAGAAGCCACCUUAUGAGACACAUAUCCGAUACGUUCUCAACCCUCCGCAUUAUCGAUUACAAACUAUACAUUGGGGAAAUAGACUUUGCAGGCUGUGCUUUGCGUAUAAUGGCAGCGACAAUGACACUGUCUAUACGGCUCGAGAGGAUGGAUGCGCGUAUCGGUCUACAAUAGGAUACAAGGCAGCUGGCAAUGGAGAUACCGGGAUAUUGAGACUGACAUCUUGUAUCUGGGAAAGCAUGAAACCUUCGAAACCAGACUACUCGGCCCCAAAAGCUUAUAGAGUUAUCGCUUUACUAAAUUGCCUAGGCAAGAUAAGUGAAAGAAUUCUGGCUCAAAGGCUUAGCUACUUAGCGGAGACUACGCAAUUACUUCAUUACUCUCAAAUGGGUGGAAGACAAAAGAAAUCAGCCAUCGAUACAGCAAUCUUACUCACUACCGAAAUCGGAAAUGAUAUAGCUUUGACUACAUUCUCAACAUCCUGGAAAAACAACAUCAUCUCCCUCGAAAGAGCAACUAAACAAAUAUAUGCUCUGGGCAAAGAAAAUGCUAUUCAAUUUGAUCUAGCGAAGACAGAACUAAUACACUUCUCUACAUCCAAAGAUACGAAGACAGCCUCAAUCAAGCUUCCGAACGAGGAGAUAAUUCAACCCUCAACAUUAGUCAGAUGGCUAGGCAUAUGGUUCGACCCUGGCCUCAGUUUCAAACAACAUGUCACAAUCCGAGCUACCCAGGCUAAAACCUCAUUCUACCGAAUGGCUAGACUUGCUAAUUCUGAAAAAGGCCUUAAUCCCAAGGCAAUGAGACAGCUCUAUAUGGCAUGCGUCACUAGUAUAGCUGACUACGGUUCAAUUUUAUGGUGGAAAGAGCAAAACCAAAUCAAGAAAACCCUUCAAUCCUUGCAAAACCUCGCCCUUCGAAAAAUCCUAGGAGUAUUCAAAACCUCACCAAUAAAACCAAUGGAAAUAGAAGCUGCAUUGUGCCCUCCAGAAGUACGGCUAAAUGCUGGAAUCAAACAAUACGCCUUCAGAUUAUUGAAAAUCUCGCCCUCUCAUCCUAUCAAUUUAAUAGCUACAAAACUGGUUACAGAAAAGGAGAAUCAAGAUGUAGUUGCAACCCCUCGAAGAAAGCAAUUGAAACCUACUCAACUCGAAAAGAUCAAAAAUUCAAUCCAGAAAGACUUCGAUCCCCUCACUUUGGAAAGAAUCCAUCAUUUCUACUUCUAUUGGGUUUAUUGA